CUCUUGACGUCGUUCGGACCUCUUAAGGCCUUCAACCUUGUGAAGGACAGUGCCACGUCACUGUCUAAGGGUUAGGCUUGUGAAUACGUGGACAUCAGUGCCACUGACCAGGCCGUGGCUGGACUCAAUGGCAUGCAGCUCGGAGACAAGAAGCUCAUCGUCCAGCGGGCAAGCGUGGGGGCUAAGAAUGCCAACGCUACGGCCAUCAUCGAGACGCCGGUGACGCUGCAGGUUCCAGGGCUGCAGCGGCUGCAGAGCUCCGGCAUGCCCACGGAGGUGCUGUGCCUCCUCAACAUGGUCAUGCCCGAGGAGCUGGUGGACGACGAGGACUACGAGGAGAUCCUGGAGGACAUCCGGGAGGAGUGUUGCAAGUACGGCAACGUGCGCUCCAUCGAGAUUCCGCGGCCCGUCGAUAGCGUGGAGGUGCCUGGCUGUGGC